AGGUAGGCCAUGGCUGGCAGUCUUUUAACGGUGUGUUCGUUUUAUUUUGUUUAAUAUUUGUACAGAUAUAUUUUUUCUUCAUUCGGUCAGCGACCGUUCGUGUAGUAACAUAGUAGACCGCGCGCGUACGUGCUCUUGCGGGGGAAGCAUUUUCCUUCCUUUUUCCGACGCGAGCGAAAGAGGGUGGCGGUCUGUAAGUGUGUGAAGCACCGUGUUUUGUUCCGCGCGCGUUAUUCCAGUAUCGGUGCAAGUGAAUUUCGCCGUUCCUGACCGGUUCCUGUUCAACUUCCGGAAUUCCGAUGCUCUUUCUGGAAAUGUGCAUCGUGAAGAUAGCUAUCCUUGAGUGAAAAGUUUAAUCAAAGCAAACCGAGAUCCGUACAUCCUGCCGAAUCUGUCAGUGCAGCAGCGUGGUGCAUUCUCGUCGAGAUCCUAACCUUUUGGAUUGCGUUUGUUUUGGCUUUCUUAGCCACCCAAAAUCAAAAGAGAGCUAACCAAAGUGUUUGCGAACGUGUGUGCGAAGCGAAGAGAGUGAAAGUGACAUAACAAAAAAUACGCAAAAAAAAGUAUUUUGUAUCAACAACCAAAGUGAUAAGAGAAACAACGCCGACUUUACUCAACAACAAAAGCAACAAGAGUAGGUGACGUUCACAAGCCAUUGAUGGAUUUUUACUUGUGAUCAAACACACAUCCUGGGAUUAAAUCUGUAAAGCAAUGUGUGUUUGCGUCUGCGUGUGUGCGCGCAAUGAUGUGUGUAUAAAUACAUGUACAUGAAUAAAUAAAUGAAUGUAGUGUAAACAACAGAGCAAAGUGUGGUGCAAUCACAAGAUAAAUCGUUGAAUAACAAAUGAGGAAGAAAAUAUAAUGAUUGAUGGAAUGAGAUUAGAGUGAAUCAUUUGUGUAACAGUGCAUUGCGGGAGGAACGGAGAAGAAACUCUCCGGCAACCUAUAGAAACAGCAACAACAACAAAACGAAAAGACAAACUAUCAAACAUUUCGGCAUUGAAAAGCUGCAUCCUAUAAAGUUUCUAACCCGGAAUAAAAACAAUCCCUUCAUUCGCAGUACAGUGCAGUGCAAUCCGUGUCUCUUUCAUCAACUCCCACAAAACAUCAGCUGCGGAAAGUAGUUCACGAAAACAGCUGGAAAUAAAAGAAAUCAAAAUUAACCUAGAAUAAUUAAGUGACGUGCAAAACACGCUCGCGAACACAAGUGAGAGUGAGAAAAAAAGUAAACCAGAGCGAGAGAGGGAGGAAAAAAGUUUGUGAAUAAAAAAGCAGGAAAAAAAUCUCUCUUCUUCCUGGUUUGUGCAACCGGCCAGAAGAAGAAACAACAACAACAACAACAGCAGCAAAAGUGAAGCAACUCAUCUGCGAGCUAUUGUGCUUUUGUGUGUGGUGACUUCAACGCCAGUGUUGAAAGUUAAUCGUGCAUAAAAAGAAAAUAAGUAAUUAUCCUUUUAAAUAAGAAAAUUGAGGCAGAAAGGAAGAGGCAAAAAAAAGAUGCUCAGCCAAGUUGAAAAUUGGGAAAAAGAGAAGAAGAAAAUAAUCGAUGUGCUACAAUUAUAAGUGAGAUAAUUCCGUUGUUUUCUUUCUCUCGUCUUCCUAUCUGUCUUUACCACCUCUCUUUUCCCUGCUGCUAAAUUGGAACUGCCACCCGGCCCCACCCACACCCACAAUCGAUCAACGAUCCGGUUUUCUUCCGUGUGCCGUCCCUUCACGUGUGUUGGUUGAACAACACGCGGACGAUACCCCACCGGUUACGAUGGAAACUAGUUACAACGGUGGCACCGGAGAAUUCGACGUAAACAUGUUCGAUCAGUACAUUUACAAGCGCAACGAGUCCAAUCUGGACGUGUCGCUAUCGGUUCCCCACUACAACGGACAGCACGGCCACCAUUACAACAUGAAUGACCACCCUUCAAACCUAGACGAGACAUUCUUUGACUUGGAUUCACCAUCGUCAUCAAACUCGUCCCGAGUGUCCAGUUUUAAGUUUGAAGAUUCGAGCCCUAGCUGCAGUAGUCGGAGCAGCAGCGUUGAGAGGGCAAGCUCUGAGGGUUCAUUUUUUGAAUUUUCAUCUAAGAGUGACACGACUAGCGAUGUGGCGAGCAUUUUUGAUGUCGAAAGUGAUCGUGAAUCUGUGGAGAGCAUUUUCCCCGAUGUCCAUGAAGAUCUUGCUCAAACGUUGAACCGAUCUUUUGAAGAUUCUGGAUUUGAUCACACCUUCGUGCCGACAAGGGAUAUGAUGGAAGAUACGUUUGAUGACGUAUCAAUGCGAAGUAUUACACCUUUAGAAGGUGGAGUUGAGUCGAGUUUUGGUAGUAUGUUCGACACUAGUAUCGAGUACUGGGAUACAUUACUGCAGAAAGUAAAUCCACAUGAAAAGUUCUACACGUCCAUUACAGACACUGAGGAAACCCGUAUGGAAGUCACAAUCGAGAACAAAACUCUUUGUUUGAAUUCGGAAACCGAUCCCAUAGGCGUUGAAACGAUGAAAUCUCUUCGAGAUGUCCCUGCCCAUGACAAUGAUUCGAAUGCAACUGAAAAAGAAAUCGUUGUGGAACAAUUCGUCAACAUCAAUCUCAGUCCAUGUCGCAAGGAGCAUGACGAUGCUCCUUACCUUCAAGAUUUUGGUAAUCUCUUACCAACGCAAUCUCAAGAUCGUCUGAGACCCAACUCAAGCCCCGUUGAAGAUCCCCAAGCUUCCGUAACACCUCCACCAGCUCUACGACUCGACCAAUCCCUUCAACCCUCGAUUAUCCCUCGCUUGAACUCUGGACCCAUCGCUGACCUUCCCGUUCGGCAGAAAGAAUUGGUUGCAAAAAUUUUGCAAAUUUUCAAACGGUUGACCCAAAUGGAACUCCAGGAGAAUAACUUGGAAGUGAAGGUUAAGCCAAAACCAACCUGGGACAUGUGCCGCAUGGAAAACGACAUUCUUACUCAAAAAGCCUCCACCAAAAGCCGGCGAGUUGUGUACCAUCACAAAAAUGGUAGACAUCAGUUCCUUUUGAUAAUAUUCCUCAUGUCGGAAAUUUUCAAACUACUAACGCUGCGAACAUCCUGCUCGAAGCGGGAACUCUACUAUCGUGAUCCACAGCUGACCCAUAGCCAAAGAACCGUUGACAAAGGUCUCCAAGACGUCUGCUUCCUGCUCGAAGCAAACCUGUGGGAGUUGAACGUGUUCUCGUCAUCCAAAGGGCUCGUCGCUGGACCGCUAAAGUUCCGGUCUAAGCAUCAGGAAAUGGUCGAUUGCCAUAACAGUCUCGGCACGCUAAUCCCCGCCGAUGUGCUCGGGUUGAUGGAAAUCUCUGUCGACGCCGAGAUGGUUCUGAUUGUCGAGAAGGAUACCGUAUUUCGAAGACUGCUGGAAGAUCGGAUACUAGACCGAAUGUCGCGAAAGCUACUCCUGGUCACGAGCAAAGGCUAUCCGGACGUUGGGACGCGCCUUCUCCUCCAGAAAAUCUGGACCACCUACCGGAUCCCCAUGUUCGCCCUCGUUGACGCCGAUCCGUUCGGCAUCGAAAUCUACUGCGUUUACAAGUUCGGUUCGCUUGCCCUGUCGCACCAAUCCCAGUACCUGGCAGUUCCAGCCAUCCGCUGGAUCGGAGUCCGCCCGUCCCACAUUCCCCUGCUAGGACUCAAGCCCCUUCCACUCAACGGCAGGGAUCGAGCCCGGAUCGACGAGCUUCUAAAGCGACCCUACAUUGGCAAAGCAGGCUGUGAGCUGGCGCGCGAACUGCGGCUCAUGAGCGAACUGGACGUCAAGGCCGAGAUCGAAAGUCUGGUGGACAUUUCCACGGACUACUUGAUCAACGACUAUCUGCCGGCUCAGCUGAAGCUUGCGUUCAUUGAUGGGUUUCAGACCUUCCACACACCUUCGUUUGGUGACGAGGAAUUUGACAUUCCAACAAUGAAUUCACAUCUCCAUCAACAACAGCAGCAGCAGCAGCAACAACAACAACACUCACAUCAAACCCAUCAGAUGGAGCAGCAACAUCAGUAUCAAAUGCACAAUAAUGGUCAACCACCACCCCAUAUGGGAAUGUUAAAUGACCAACAACAGUCACAGCAACAACAACAACAACAACAACAGCAGCAGCAACAACAAUACAAUCAAUGGCAUCAGGAUACACAUUUAAAUCACCACGGCAAUAACUCAUACCCGAUGCCGUCACCCAAUCAGCCCACAUAUCACCAGCUGAGCAGUCCUAGUCCAAGCAACCCGAACGCAACCCUGCACGUGAUGCAGCCACCGCAGCAAUCGCCCCAAAUGCAGCCACAAAUGUCGCCACAGCUGAGCUCUGGCGGUCCCCCCGGCGGAUAUCUGGGCCGGUCCCCACCGCAGGUCGGUACCCAUCACCACAUGAACAACAACAACAACCACCACCUUCACAAUAAUAACAACAACAACAACGUCGAACCGGGCACGACCAGUGAGGACAGUGACGAUGCGAUUCCGGCCAACACCCUGAAACGGCCCUCACCGGAACCGGUGUACGAAAGUGAGGCGGCCAUCGCCAAAGUGGCGGCGGCAUCGCUGGCGAAAAAGCCCAAAGUGGCCAAGAAGAAAAAGAAACGGGACCCCAACGAGCCGCAAAAACCCGUUUCCGCGUACGCACUGUUCUUCCGGGACACUCAAGCUGCCAUCAAGGGUCAGAAUCCGAACGCGUCCUUUGGCGAGGUGUCCAAAAUUGUCGCCUCGAUGUGGGACGUGUUGGCGACGGAGCACAAAAACGUGUACAAAAAGAAGACGGAAGCUGCCAAAAAAGAGUACUUGAAGGCCCUGGCGGCGUAUCGAGCGAGCUUAGUGUCAAAGGGUACGGAAGGUGACCAACAAUCGUCCCAGCAGCAGCAGCAGCACCAGCAACAGCCAAUGUACUCACCACCCCCACCGCCCCACCAUCAACAGCAGAACAGCCAUCUGGUGAACCACUCGCUGCCCUCGCCCCAGCACGGCCAACCGGUUCCCCAAGUUAGUCCCCACAUGCCGAUGCCCGGCCAGCAGGGUCCGAACCCGGGAGGUUACCACCCACCGCCGUACGCAGCAUCACCGUACAAGUCUCAGACCAUGAUGCAAAUGCAACCGCAACAUCUUCAGCACCACCACAACCAGCAACCGAUGCACCCGGGCCAGCAGUCGCAGGGACCGCCACCACACCACAUGCAGCAGCAAAUGAUGGGCGGUGGCCAGCAGCAACCGCAGAUGAACGGAAUGAUGGCCAUGGGAAUGUCCGGCCCGCAGUCGCACUACAUGAAUCAACAGUAUUCUCUGCACUUUCCAGAUGCACCAGCACGGUCAACAGCAACAACCGCCUCCGCAGCAGCAACACUCGCAGGUCGGUGGCCACUCGAUGCAGCAGCAACAACAACAACCCCAUCAGCAGCAGCAACAUCCGCAACAACAACAACAUCAACCGGGUGGUCCACCGCAGGUUGCUCCGCCACUGUCCGGCAGCCCGCCGCAGCAGCAGCAGAACGGCCAACCGCAGCAAUGUAUCCGGCACGGAUGCCCGAACCCGGCGAUUGUCAAUUCCGACUGGGAGGAUGAGUACUGCAGUAACGAGUGUGUUGUGACGCACUGCCGUGACGUGUUUGGCAACUGGGUUCAGACCAACAACUCGCAACAGCAGACGUACUCAGCUGUGAAGUAAGCGGGUGCAAUCGCAAGAGGCUCCCAUUCAAAGCGUAACUAAUAUAAAUAAUUGCAUAAAUUUAACAAAACUCGUAAUUAAUUGUUACUACUAAAGCAAAAAGAAUACACAAAAUAAACACACUUUUUACAAUGAUACAACUUUUAAACAACUAAAAGAUAACAAAAACCCACACACUAUAAUUGAUAAGGAUAUUCACAAUGAAGAUGAAAAAAUGAAUUGAAUUCAGCAAUCAACUAAUUGUAACAUUCAUGAUGAUAAUGAUGAAGUAGUAACUUUUGAGUAAAUUCAACAAAAGACAGCCAAAAGUUGCAAUUAUGUUCGUUAAACAACAUUCAAGCUCGGCCGAAGACAAAGCAUUAAAAAAAACUAACAAACACACAGGAAAAAACUCGUUAAGUAAAGCAAUUUCCAACAUGUACGACUGUUUAUCCCGUUUUAACCUCCCAUCGAAGCGCGUUCGCCACUUGUUUCAUAUUAUAGUGUUGUACAUAGUUUCCUAAUAGUUUGAAAGCUUCGCAGCGAGCGCGGGAUUAUUAACGACGAAUCAUCUGUUUGUAUACAAACACUCACACAACCGCGAAGCUGUACAUUGUUAUUCCUCUUCCUAAUUUAUCUCGACCAUGUUGUUUUCAAUGAGUUUGUAAAAUAAAACGGAAAAGAAAUAAUAAAUCACACUAGGCAAAUAAUAAAAUUAAGUAGUUGUCGUUAUAUGAAAAAAGCAAAUAAUUACAUCCUAGAAUAGAGCCACACAAAUGUACACGUGUAAGAAUGAACAAAAAAAACAAAUGUUUAAAACAACACAGUUUUCAUCAAAACUGAUCAAGUAUUUCAGUACAAGCCAUCCUCAUCACAUUAUCAUCAUUUAUUGUUAAAAACAAAAUCCCAUACAACAAUACCAACUCACACAAACACACAUGUUUAUCGUUCCACAACUGCAAUUCAAUAAAGAAAAACCCAUUCAGCAAAAAAAAA